AUGACCGUUCAUGCUAAUGCAGCGACUUCUAGCACAACAAGCGUCGGAGGAGGUUCCGGAGCCGGAACCGGAACCGGAGGUUCCGUUGGUGGAAGUGUAACUUCCAGGCCUGCUCCUGGCCCUGCUUCCGCUCAUUCCGGCACCAAAUUUAGACAUGGCCUACUUCAACUAAUGAUCCACACAAUCGAUCCACUUCACGACGGCAGAGUAGAUAUAAUUUAA